AUCUUGAACAAUCCGUGAGUUUAGCAGUGCGAAGAGCGGCUUCUCUACAGACAUGCGUCAGAGUGUAAACACUGCAUGUUCUCUUCUAUUACCAAUAAACCUGAUAUUUAUGGAUAUUUAGGCAGAAGAAUUUUGUGCACAUUAAACGGAAACCAUGAGCACCGUAUUCUGCUGGGUUUUGGUUGUGUUAUUCUCAGUGGCUCUUUGCAUGGACUUUGAAGAGAGACCCAGCAGCUCUAGGAGUGAGCAAACCAUGUUUCUAAAGAGUCACAAAUCACGAAAUCUGCUCAGUUUGAGAGAUUUACAGCAGCCGGAUCAUGUCAGGAUGAAAAGGGGUGAAGAAUCCGUACAAAAUCAAUGUGAAUCAUUGCACGGCUAUGAGUCUACGUUAAAAAACAACACUCAUACGUAUAACUUCAAUGACCUGAGUGGCUCGGUGUCUCUGGCCUGGGUUGGAGACGGCACUGGGAUACUGCUGGUGCUGACCACAUUCCAGGUUCCUCUUUUUAUCAUGCGGUUUGGUCAGUCCAGACUGUACAGAAGUGAAGACUAUGGAAAGACAUUCCAGGACAUCACCGACCUCAUUAACAACACCUUCAUACAGACAGAGUUUGGCAUCGCAAUCGGUCCCGAAAACUCUGGGAAGGUGAUCCUCACAGGUGAUCUAACCGAGGGGAGAGUCACCAAAAUAUUCCGUUCAGUUGAUUUCGGCAAAAGCUUUGUGACCUCUGAGCUUCCAUUCCAUCCAUUAAUGCAGAUCACAUACAAUCCCAGAGACGGCAACAUACUCAUGGUCUACAGCAUCAAUUAUGACUUAUGGCUGUCCGAGGACUUCGGCGCCAGUUGGAGGAAGAUCCAUGAGACUGUUUGUCUUGUGAAAUGGGGAAAUGAUGACACCAUUUUCUUAACUACAAAUCCCAAUGGAUCCUGCAGUGACCGGGGAAAGUUGGAAUUGAAAAAAUCAUUAGACUAUGGCAGAACAUUUAAAACUAUUGGAAGCAGGAUUUAUUCCUUUGGCUUGGGUGGACGCUUUGUUUUCGCCUCAAUCAUGACCGACUCGGGUUCCACACGCAUGAUUCACGUCUCAGUAGAUCAGGGGGAGACAUGGGACAUGGCUCAGCUUCCCACCGUUGGCCAUGAACAGUUCUACUCCAUUCUAGCAGCAAACAACGAUAUGGUCUUCAUGCACGUAGAUGAACCUGGAGACUCAGGUGUUGGUACCAUAUAUGUGUCUGAUGACCGAGGUACAGUGUUUUCCAAGUCUCUGGAACGCCAUUUGUACACCACUACGGGCGGAGACACCGACUUCACCAACAUCACCUCUCUGAGGGGCGUAUAUAUGACCAGUGUGCUCGCCGUGGAUGGCUCUGUGCAGUCAGUGAUCACAUUUAAUCAAGGUGGAGGGUGGCGACCACUGCAGAAGCCCUGGAACGGAGUGUGUGACUCCACAACCGAACACCCAGACAAAUGUAGUCUGCAUAUUCACGCGUCCUACAGCAUCUCUAUGAAACUGAACGUGCCCAUGCAGCCCCUCUCAGAGCCAAAUGCAGUGGGACUUAUCCUGGCACAUGGGAGUGUGGGAGGUGCAGUUUCUGUGCUUUCUCCAGACGUGUACGUGUCAGAUGACGGAGGUUACACAUGGUUUCGGGCAUUAAAAGGCCCCCAUCACUAUGCCGUUCUGGAUUCAGGAGGACUGCUGGUAGCGGUGGAGCACAACCCCUCACACCCCAUAUCACAGAUCAAAUUUUCCACUGAUGAAGGUCAGUGUUGGCAUGUAUAUAAUUUCACUGAUGAGCCAAUAUACUUCACUGGCCUGGCAUCAGAACCUGGUGCCCGCUCCAUGAAUGUCAGCCUGUGGGGCUACAGAGAAACCAUCCUGAAUCAGUACUGGGUUUCUGUCACAGUCGACUUCAGGCAGUUGCUUUCUAGAGACUGCCAGGAUAAUGACUACAUAGAGUGGCUCGCUCACUCAAGCAAUAAUAGCGACCCCAAUGACGGAUGCAUACUGGGAUACAAGGAAAGGUUUUUACGGUUGCGAAAGGACUCAGUCUGUUGGAACGGACGGAAUUACAUGGUGACCAUGGAGCCCACAACAUGUGUCUGCUCCCUAACUGACUUUCAGUGUGACUUUGGGUUCUACCAUGCGGAAAACAGCUCUGUGUGUGUGGAGCAGCCUGACCUUAUUGGCCAUUCACUGGAGAUCUGCCUGCACGGACGCAAAGAGCAGCUUCAGACCAGCGGUUACCGGAAAAUUCCCGGGGAUCACUGUGAAGGAGGAAUAAUUCCAGAGCGAAAAGAGAUCGAUCUGAGUAAGAAAUGCGUCAGUAACUUGCUGAGGUCAGAGCUACCGACAGAGGAACAUUCAUUCAAUUCAGCUCCUAUAAUCGCUGUGGUCAUCGCUGUCCUGUUGAUCAGUGCCGUUGCUGGGGUUAUUUUCAUAAAAAAAUAUGUCUGUGGAGGAAGGUUCCUGGUUCACAGGUACUCCGUAUUACAGCAGCACGCUGAAGCUAACGGUAUCGAGGGUGUGGAUGACCUGGACACACUGGAGGUUGGCAAGACGCACUACCAUGAUGAUUCAGAUGAGGACCUUCUUGAGUGACAAGACACAUGGAUCAUCAUAAGACUGUAUCAAAUUCUAAGAGAGAAACCACAAUGCCUAUCCUUCCCAUGACCCUCCAUGUGUGUGUAUCUGCGUUCUAGCACCUACCAGAUAAUGACACACGUUCUUGCCUAAUCCAUUUGUUUAUGGCUACUUGGGGACAAAUAUUCAGCGUUCAGCCCAGCAGGAUUUGACUACAAGGACAGGAACAGAGAAAAACCUGCAAAUGCUUCUUCCAAAAGAGCUUUCUAAUCCACCACUGAAAGAGAGAGGAUUUGAUGUGAUUUUGUUGCCAUAUAUUUCAAGUUGACACACAUACAACAGACACACAGACAUGAGUUUUGAAGCUUGCUUUAAACUUAUGUAAGUGCUUAUUUUUUCAUUGCUGGUUUCCUGCAUCAGGUAUUUAACUUCACCAAAGGAUUUUCAGCUUUGUUCUUUAUUUUGCGUAUUUGAAGUCUCGUUGAAGAAGUCUGUUUGUUUGUUUUUUGUAAAAAUGUAAAAAUAGAAAGAUCUUCGGAAAAUAGCCUGCUCAUUAAUUCCAGAGUUGUUGUGUGAGCAAAUCCGGAUGAAAGUGUUUAAAGGUAAUAUUAGACCAUAGACAUACAUUGAGACUUGUUUUUUAGACUUCAUUAUACUAACACCCUGGAGAUUACAGUUUGGAUCUUUGAGAAACUAGUUUAGCCAAACUUUAGUCAUUCUAUAAAUCAAAUCUCAUUUUGCCGUCUGUCUGGUUCCCUGCCAUUGCUGUGUGCUUAGAUACACUUUGCACUUUGCGUAUCUUCUAUGCACGAAUAAUGAUAAUUUUUUCUUUCGAUUCAGUAUUACCAAUGCCAUUCUCUGUCAUUUGAUGCAAAAAAAAAGAUUUGAGAAAAAGCACAUUGCGUGGUUUUCAAUCAUCUUAAUACAUAAUGAGUCAAAAAGAAUAAGUGCAUUAUACAUAAUAGUCUGAUUCCUCAUUACUAAGUCAGCAAUAGUUGUAUAUUCAAUAAAAAGACAAAAUGUUUAAUGUUAUCUAUGACAUUAAAUGUUUAUUUUUUCAGAACAGCAACUCAUCCUUAAUUGGGAUGUCAACGAUAUUAAAUGCAUCUAAUUAGCAGCCUAAUCAAAUAUGAAAAUGUAUAUUUUUGGACUGUAUUGACUGUCAACUCAUAAAUAAGCUAAUUUGUAGUCAGUACGCUGAUUAAGAUUUGAGUGUUUUUUUUUUUUUCUGCACAGGUAAUUAAAUAGAUACCUCAGGGGUUAUAGAUCACAGUGGACCACACAUUUCAUUGAUGAGUUUGCAUGUUGAAAGAAGGGUCCUCAAGUUUGAGAUGAACAUGGCUUUUCAUAAGUCAAAGUGUAAAAUGCUGUACCAUUAAAUGUGACUGCCGAGAACAAUAAAAAGAAAUCUUUUUGAA